UCGUCGAAAUCCGAACGGCAGAUGGACUCAAAGCUGCUGCUGUAUAGUUACGGAUGCUACGCUGAGUUGCGGGGGAAGAUAGGCGCUGGAAUCUGAUUCAGGAACCAAUGUUAUUAACUGUACCCCUAGAAAAGAAACCCUUCCAUUGUGUUAUAAUUUGAAGAGGAUACAGUUUUGUGUUGGUGAUUAUGUUCCUGUUAUUUUCAUAACGGUGGAUUUUAUCGACAUAACAGAUUGUGUUCUCUGACUUAAAAAGGUUGGGAAGGAAACUUAAAAAAGCACUUUUUGCUGGCCUUGGCGCAUGUCCUUGAAGCGCCAACAUACAUUCCUUGGCAUAACUCCACGUGUCCCACACGUGAGGAUAUUUAACGGUCCUGUUUUCUUUCUAAAAUAUUGGGAACUUUUGCAAGCAGAAAGGCGAAUUCAUACUUAAGUUGGCUGUCCCUGAUUUAUCCCAUCAUGGUAAUUUACUGGGAAGGUGAUAACCAACAUCCUAGAUAAAUGAACGACUGAGCUAUGGAACAUCACAUCCAACUCUUGGAUUUUCUCCUAUUCCCUUAUCAUAGAUCAAAAUUCUGUGCACUAAAGAAAGAAAGCCUUCUCGACAAAACUUAAGACAUCAGAUCACCAAAAGUUAAUUUGUCCUGUUUCAUUCUUGGCUGUAAAUUAUGUUUCCGGAUUUAUUAACCGAAAGGACGUGAUACUGUGUAAUAAUCAUAGCAAUUGGAAGGAAGAAAUUAGUGAUUUUUUUUGUUGUGUUGCCUUUUCACCUGUCAGAGACCCUGACUCUCAUGCACUUGACUUGUUUCAAAUCCACUCGAAGACAGUGUUCGUUUGAAGUCCAGGUCAUCAAUACAUGAUCUAUCUAAAGAGGCAUGGUCGUGGAAGUCAUCUUCCGUAAAGUGAAACGUUUUGGUUCUAGUGUGGUACAAAAAUGUUGCAUCUCCCACCGACCAGCAAUACGCAAACUCUGGUACUCAGCUUGUGCCCUGAGUAUUGUAUCCCUUGUAAUAUGUGCUUACUAUAUCACCAAUGUCCAACUGAACAGUAUGAUAAAAGUCCCCAAAGAGCUCACCUUCCGCUGCAAGUCAUCAGCUGAUAGACCCUUUGAUAAUUUAAGAAAUGGUUUCGGUUUCCCGCCUACCAAUGUCCAUGCUUCCAAUGCAAGGUUGCGUUUGGAUGCAAAAGUCCUCGUUUUUGUUGAGACACAAUAUUCACAUCUGGGCCGUCAGAUAUCUGAAAUCCUGGAAGCUUCAAGAAUUAAAUUUAAAUUAGAAAUAGCUGGUAAAAGCUUGCCUCUUCUAACAAAUUUGGACAAAGGAAAGUUUGCUGUUUUAGUAUUUGAAAAUUUUGAGAAAUACCUGCAUAUGAACAAAUGGAAUCGUGAGCUUCUGGACAAAUAUUGCCGUGAAUAUAAUGUUGGAAUUAUUGGUUUUAUGAAAGCACAAGAAGAAACUUAUGUUGGAGCUCAGUUGAAAGGUUUUCCACUUUAUGUUCACACAAAUAUGGCUGUCCGUGAUUACCAUCUGAAUGGAGACUCAACUGUGUUACGAUUGACUCGUGCUGGAGAAGUGUUUUAUGGUAACAUUCCAGGAUCUGAUUGGACUGUCUUCCAACCAAACCAUUCAACCUAUGAAGCUCUUGCAUCAGCACGUUCACAAACUUACCACUCUUCACUGGCCAACAAAGGAAUAGACCCCUUACUUACUACUGUAAUUCAUGAUCAUGGUAAUUAUGAUGGUAUCUCCAGAGUUCUCUUUGGUAAUGGCUUUCAACUCUGGAUUCAUCGGCUGCUAUUUUUAGAUGCUAUCUCAUUCCUUUCUCAUGGGAAGUUGAGUCUUCCUCUCCAAAGGUUUAUAUUGAUAGAUAUUGAUGAUAUAUUUGUGGGUGAAAAAUCAACAAGAAUGAAACCUGCUGAUGUUAUGGCUUUGUUGAAUGCUCAAGCUAGAAUCAAAAGAACUGUUCCUGGUUUUCGGUUUAAUCUUGGAUUUUCAGGAAAAUUUUAUCAUAAAGGAACAUCUGAGGAGAAUACAGGAGAUGAUAUGCUAAUAGAACAUGCUGAUGAAUUCUGGUGGUUUUGCCAUAUGUGGAGUCAUAGUCAGCCUCAUCUUUUUGAAAAUAUAACUGCUUUAGAAAUGGAAAUGAAAUUAAAUAGAGAGUUUGCAAAAAAACAUGGAAUUCCCCUUGAUUCUGGCUAUUCAGUUGCUCCCCAUCAUUCUGGUGUGUAUCCUGUGCACGAACCUCUGUAUGAAGCUUGGAAGCGAGUUUGGAAUGUCAGAGUCACAAGUACUGAAGAAUAUCCUCAUCUUCGACCUGCUAGACUCAGAAGAGGUUUCAUUCAUAGAAAUAUAAUGGUCCUUCCAAGACAAACAUGUGGUCUAUAUACACAUACUAUAUUUCUGGAUAAAUAUCCUGGAGGCCCAGAAAAAUUAGAACUCAGUAUUAAAGGCGGGGAGCUGUUUCAUCUCUUUGUAUAUAAUCCAGUUAAUAUUUUCAUGACACAUUUAUCAAACUAUGGGAAUGAUCGUCUAGCUUUAUAUACAUUUGAAUCUGUCAUAAAAUUUGUACAGUGUUGGACUAAUCUUCAACUUAUCACUUUACCACCACUACAAUUGGCUGAUAAAUAUUUCCAGACAUAUCCAGAAGAGUCGGAUCCUGUGUGGAUGAAUCCUUGCAAUGACAAACGACAUAGAGCCAUAUGGUCAGCUGCCAAAUCUUGCGAACAGUUGCCUAAAUUCCUAGUAAUCGGACCUCAAAAAACUGGUACUACUGCAUUGUAUACCUUUUUAUCAAUGCAUCCUGCCAUAGUGAGUAAUUAUCCUAGUCCAGAAACAUUUGAAGAAGUUCAGUUUUUCAAUGGAAGAAACUAUUACAAAGGUUUGGAUUGGUACAUGAAUUUCUUUCCUGUUCCCAAAAACUCCACUGACAAGUACUUGUUUGAAAAGAGUGCCACAUAUUUUGAUGGAGAUCUAGUACCUAUGAGAGCUCAUGCACUUAUGCCGGCAGCUAAAAUAAUUACAAUUCUUAUAAGUCCUAUCAAAAGAGCAUAUUCAUGGUACCAACAUAUGAGAGGCCAUAAAGAUCCAACUGCUCUAAACUAUAGUUUUCAAGAAAUAGUUAGUACAGGUGACAGAGGUCAUAAAGCACUCAGAGAGCUUCGAAACCGUUGUUUAAUGCCAGGGAUGUAUGCUCAACAUUUAGAUAGAUGGCUGUCUUAUUAUUCGCCUCAACAAUUAUUAAUUAUUGAUGGUGAAGAACUGAAAUCUGAUCCAGUAUCUGUAAUGAGCAAAGUGCAACAGUUCCUGAAAAUCAAACCUUUUCUUAAUUAUAAAGAUCACUUAAGGUAUGAUCCUCGUAAAGGGUUCUUCUGUCAAGUUAGUCAAGAGCGAAACAAUACCAAGUGCCUCGGAAGAAGCAAAGGUCGACUGUAUCCCCCUAUGGAUCCUCAAACAGAGAAGUUCCUGAAGGCAUUUUAUCUUCCCCACAACAUUGCUCUGUCAAAACUACUCACAAAACUUAGACAACCCAUACCUUUUUGGUUGGAGAAAGAUUUAUCGCAUGGAUCUUAAGUUUUAAUUAUUUUUAAAAAAUUCUUAUGGUGUUUUUUGAUCAAAGAAUUCAUCACAGAACACUGGAUCAGACCUAUUAUGGAAUAUAUAAGAUAGAAAAUAUUUUAUUUUUAUGUUUUGACUAUGUAAUCAUGAUGUGGACAAUCUUCAGCGCACAUGAUUGUCGCUUUUUAAAUUUCAAAAUUUUCAUAGACAGAGAAUCCUGUGAUCAACUUAUGAUCUUUCAUACUGUAACAUUCAUUAUGUACAAAACAUAUUAUAAAACAUUUUUAAAAUCUGCUUUUGUAUAUUGAUGUUGAUAAUUUUUGUUUGCCAACCAUUUGUGCUAACAUCUGUAAAGAUUCUGUUUUUAUAUAUUAAUUUGUACAAUCUCUUUACAAUGGCAUAUUUCUGAUCCAUAUCAUCCCGCCCCCAUUUUACUUUAAACUGAACUACAAUAUAUUGAUGUAUUGAUUAGAUUAUUAAAUUUAGAAAUGAAUUAUGUUAAUUUUUGUAAUUUUUUUUUUUUAAAUGUUGGCACAAAUGUUUUAAAGCUUUCCUAAUAGUUUCAUUGUACUAAUGUUGUUUUUAUUUUUUGGUACUGAUGUAUGUUAAUCAGUAUCCCAUGCAGUGUAUCUUUAUAUUAAACUGUGUAAGAUUUUGUCAAUUUUUCACUUAUGAAAAAAAAUAAUCCCCCCUCCCUGAAAAUGUAAAAGAAAACCCUGAAAUUAAUAAUAAUUAUUAAUUAAAUAUACUUUAUCUGUACAGUUUGCAUUGUGCAGUAGAAAAUAAUGCUUUCUGUGAAAGCUGUUUACACUGUGAUGUCUCAUAAAUUGAAUAUAUGGAAGCCACUUAUUUGGCUUUGGUGUUCAGUCAUAUUUGUAAAUUUUUUCAAGAUUAAUUGCACAAUCAUGAUGUAUUAUUUUUCUUUUGUGUGCUAUUAACUUAUAUCCUUAUGUUAAUUAAGCUUUUUCAUACCAUUUGAAAUUCAAAUUAAUAAAAAAAUGUUUUCCAUAUUUAAAAGGUUUUUUAGGCACGCCACGUUAACAGAAUUUGUUUUCGAUUAGAAGCAGUGAAGUUUUUGUUAAUCCUGAUUAGUACUUAAAAUUUUUCAUCUAGAUUUUUAGUACUUUUUAAAUAAAACUCAUUAGUUACUCCUCCUUAAAUUUUAAAUGUUUUUCAUUUUGUUGCAAUGAACAAGCUCUAUGAUUGGGUGUAUUUUAAGUAGUGUUGCAAUUAUUUUUGAAGGAUUGUGGAUGUUUUAUUGGCAGCUUGUAUAUUUAUUUUAUAUUAAAUUUGUCAUUUUCUUAUUUAAUUGGUUUAUGUUAAUUUAUUAUAAUUGCUUUUCUCACUUUCGAAUUUUUUAAAUAUAUUUUUUUCAGUUAAUAAGUAAGUAGAAUACUUAUAAAAAGUUUCAAAUAAAAUUUUAUUGCUUAGUAAGCCAUUAGUUUUUAUAAAUGAUGUACACAAAUGUCAAGUGAUUUAAUGUGAGCUCAUUUUUAUUUUUGUUUAUAAAAUGCUACAAGAUUCUAAUAAAUAAAAUAGUUGUACAUUAAUCUGAAUUUAUUGAAAUCAUAUUAAAUGGAAACUUAUUCUGUUUAUAUUAAUAUAAUAAGCUUUUGUUGGUAAAUUUUACCAAAUAAGAGUUAUUCCAGAAAUCUAAUUUUAAAAAGAAAUGGAAAAUAUAAUUUUCAUGAUAUCAUAAAUAUCUUGGAUGUAAAAAGAAAUAAUGCAAUUUGUAUUUUUCAAAUGUUGUCGGUAAAUAUUUGUCAUCAGUGUAAUUUAUGUUGUCAUAUUUUUUUUUAGUGUAAUUUCAAGUAUAGUAUAAAUGGCGUGUCUUUUUCUUAAUUGUGUAUGUGAAAUGGAAAUCGAUCUCUAAAAAUCAUAUUUUGUAUGUUAGAAACUUCCCGAGCUACAUUUGUGCAGAAAUCAAAAGCAUGAAAUAUCUAACCUGUUCAUUUUAUUAUCAAGGAAAAUGGUACUUACUUCAUUAAAAAAAAUGUACCUGAAUCAUAGCAUAGGUUAAAAAAAAUUCUAUUCAAAUUGUAUAAAGCCUAAAAUGACGUAUUUAAAAAAAAAUUAUUAAUUGCAAAUUGAUCUCACAGAAGAGUGAUCUACAAGUUGACUACCUUCCUGGCUUGCAUGGCAUUGUUUGUUUAAAUUAUUGCUGUUGUGUUUAAGUGCAUAAAGUGCCAUACUUAGUAAGAUGUUAACUAGUUUAAUCUAUGUUAGAUGUCUUUCAGCCAUAGAUAUGCUGUAAUAUGAUAUGUUGUGAAUUAAAUACCAGUGUUACUGUUACAUUUGUAAGAAUGAUUGAAUUUUCAAAUGGAUUCAUCGAAGCUGUAUUUAUGCAUGUGUGGCUGUCAAUAAACUAUUUCAUCUGUUGAAAA